AGUUGCUCUCACUGGCUGCCACAGUAGAUUUGCCUCUGUGCAGCAGGGAACUGGAGCUGAACCUCCCCCUUGUGCAUGAAAACAUUCUGCAAACAUGGCUGGUAAGAUCCAGGGUCUGACUGAAGAGGAGAGGGCCCAUCUACUCCCUCUGCUGCGCAGCGCUCAGUGGGUGGAGGUUGUGGGACGGGACGCCAUUUACAAAGAGUUCAUUUUUAAAGACUUCAAUCAGGCAUUUGGUUUCAUGUCCAGAGUGGCUUUACAAGCAGAGAAGAUGGAUCAUCAUCCUGAGUGGUUCAAUGUCUAUAAUAAGGUAGAGCAGACAUACAAGUUAUAA